UUAGUUGGUAAUGUAAAUCUAUGGUAAUGUAUUAUUAAAGUGAUAAAAAAGUAAUGGUUUGUUGUUUCGUUGAUAUUGUUGAUAAUGGGGACAGUUUUUUUAUAUUAUUUAAAAUUUAAUUAUUUGUAAAGACGAGAACAUGCCCAUUCUUUACUUAAAAAGUAUUUCAACCUGUGACAAAGGAUAUGGCAACCUCUACAUUCAGUGCUGUAGAUGAAUAUGGUUUUGAAAGGUCGCUGGAAUUCGAUUUUAAAUACUAUGAAAGAUUUAUGUCUGAGUACAUUGGAAUAUUAGCAAGAAGAUUAAAACGUUGGGAAGACUUAAGUAAUUCAGAAAGGAAGAAGAAAAGUGGCACCCUUAAACGAUUUGUACGUAAAGGAAUUCCCAUUAGUUUAAGAGAAUCUGCUUGGAUGACUAUUUCUGGUGCUGAAGAACUAAAACGGAAUUCAAAAUAUUCAUUUAACACAUUGAGAAAGAGGAAAACAAAUAGUGUCAUAAAAGAAGCCAUAGAAAUGGAUAUACCUCGCACGUUUCCAGAUAACAUAUUCUUUGAUAAAGAUAGCACUUUGCCAGAGCAACUACUUGGCAUUUUAAUAGCUUUUGCAAAUAGUAACACAGAUAUUGGUUAUUGUCAAGGUAUGAACUAUAUCGCUGGACUUCUGCUUUUAGUUACAAAAAAUGCAGAAAGCUCAUUUUGGUUAUUAAAGACUUUAGUGGAACGCAUUUUGCCUCAGUAUUAUUCAAAAAAUAUGUCAGGUUUAAUAACAGACUUGGCUGUAUUAGAUAAAUUGGUUCAAAAGAAUGAACCUGCUGUCCACAGACACAUUGAAAGUAUUGGUUUACCUUGGGCUGUAACGACAACAAAGUGGUUCAUCUGUAUUUAUGCUGAAGUUUUACCAACUGAAACAGUGCUACGUAUAUGGGAUAGUAUUUUUUAUGAAGGAUCUAAAGUUAUUUUUAGAGUGGCUUUAACACUUAUAAAAAUGCACAGAAACAAAAUUUUAGAAUGUAAAGAUAUGACUGAAUUGGUAAAGUGCUUUAAAGAAAUGGGCAGCCAUCAUGGGGUAAUCAAUUGUCAUCAGUUUAUGAAGAAUGUAUUUCGUGUUCCUGGUUCAUUUCCCAAUAAGUUGUUGGAAGAUCUACGAAGGCAACAUAAUAAUAGUAAAUAAUCAAGCACCGAAACGCUUUGUAAUGCACUUUAUACUGUCCAAAAUUAAAUAGGACUCUAUUAUACGUAAUUUAUUGUAAUUGAAAUUAUUUUUGUAUUUUCUGUUUGUUUUCUAUUAAAUUUAUUGCGUUUA